AGGCUGGUGUGUGGUAUACACUGUGUUUGUGAAUGUCACCUCUCUGGUUUCUUCCUCCCAGAAGUCAAUGCAGCUUGUUUGCUUUGACAGCGGAGGAGGUGCCAAUGUGGUGGACGUUGCUGUGCCCAUAACACCUUAGUUUAGGGCCCUGACUUUUUACUUAUGUAGGAAAUUCAGGUUCAAAAUAUCUUUCUAACAAUGCGGCGGUACCUCCGCGUGCUCCUCGUCUGUAUUUUGUUUGGUUUAUGUUCAAUACUGUAUGUGUUUAGCCAGCUCGCUGCGUCUCUGGAGCCGCAUGACGGAUGGAUGGGGAGGAAACCACAGCAGAGAACCGCUUUUCUGCGGGGGGAGAGCGGACACGGAGCCGGGAAAGGGGCGGGAAAAACAGGCCUGGAGGAUCAGCACUGGUACAACAGGUGUAAGAGAUUUUCAGUGUCUUUCUGGAAUCCCUAUUGGAGACUGCCCUCUGGUGUUUGUGGAAAGAACUGCUUUUGGGAAGCUGCUUUUAGAUACAUUAUGAGAAAAGCAGAUGCCUCAGAUCCUUCAAACACUCCUGUUGAAACGAUGCACCUUGCUGUAGUGGCUUGUGGCGAGAGGCUUGAAGAGACUGUUACAAUGUUGAAAUCUGUAGUUUUAUUUAAUAUCAAGCCCAUUCAGUUUCACAUCUUUGCUGAAGAUAAUCUGCACAUCAAAUUUAAGGCCAUACUGGAUUCUUGGUCAGAGUCUUAUCGUUUAAAGUUCAACUACACUGUGCACUCCAUAACAUUCCCCAGCGAGAAUGCUGCAGAAUGGAAGAAACUGUUCAAACCUUGUGCAUCCCAGAGGCUCUUUCUUCCUAUCAUUCUUAAGGAUGUGGAUUCUUUGCUGUAUGUAGAUACAGACAUUUUGUUUCUGCAGCCAGUGGAUGAGAUGUGGUCUUUUUUUAGAGAAUUUAAUUCGACUCAGAUCGCUGCAAUGGCACCAGAGCACGAAGAUCCUAACAUUGGAUGGUAUAAUCGCUUUGCCAGGCAUCCUUUUUAUGGCAAGACUGGAAUCAACUCUGGAGUCAUGCUUAUGAAUAUGACUCGGAUUCGAAAAAAGUAUUUUAAGAAUGAUAUGACAACAGCACAGCUGCAGUGGGAGGAGUUGCUCAUGUCCUUACUUAAAAAAUAUAAACUGAACAUAACCUGGGGAGAUCAGGACUUAUUAAAUAUCAUCUUUCAUUACAACCCAGAAAGCCUUUUUGUAUUCCCCUGCCAUUGGAAUUAUCGCCCUGAUCACUGUAUUUAUGGCAGUAACUGCAAAUCUGCUGAAGAAGGAGGCAUCUUCAUUCUUCAUGGAAACCGGGGAGUUUAUCAUGAUCAUAAGCAGCCUGCUUUUAAAGCAAUCUACCAAGCAAUACAACAAUACACAUUUGGAGAUGACCUAGUCCAUUCUCUCCUAUACCCGCUUGAACAAGAUCUGCAAAAGACAACACAUACUUACUGUGGAAAAGUACAACACUUAUUUACAAAGCAAUUACAAAAGAGUAUAGGAAUGAUUCAAGACAAAGUCUCAAGAGGAAGUGAUAAUAAAAACUCUGCAUGUGGAUGGGCUGACAGCUGGGUGAGGAGAUUAAGGACACCUCUGCUCUUCUGAAGCUGUCUUCAGACACACUGAACUUUGAUCUUUGAUGACACUGGAUCCCCACUCUUGGCAGGCUUUGUAGCUUUCAGAAAACGGAAACGCAAUGAAGAGAGACGUUUAGUAAUGACAUUCCAUCGUACGAGGAGCCACACUCUGCCUGUUCCUCAAUGACAUUCCAUCGUACGAGGAGCCACACUCUGCCUGUUCCUCAAUGACAUUCCAUCGUACGAGGAGCCACACUCUGCCUGUUCCUCAAUGACAUGCCAUUGUACGAGGAGCCACACUCUGCCUGUUCCUCAAUGACAUGCCAUCGUACGAGGAGCCACACUCUGCCUGUUCCUCAAUGACAUGCCAUCGUACGAGGAGCCACACUCUGCCUGUUCCUCAAUGACAUUCCAUCGUACAAGGAGCCACACUCUGCCUGUUCCUCAAUGACAUGCCAUCGUACGAGGAGCCACACUCUGCCUGUAGCCAAAACACUUGUCUGCUUUUGAUAUGAAGCAUUGUACAGUAUAGAAGGGUUAGGCAAUGUCAGCACUUCAAGUCCAGGUCUUUGUUCCAAUCAUGUCCUUAGUUGUUAAAUGUUCCCAAUUAAACCUCUGACCAGGUCCUAAAGCAUAAUAAUCGUAUGUAUUAAACCAGCAAUGGAACAGGACUCCAGGACCGCAGUGGACACAGCGGAGGGGUACAUUUUUGGUAAUGAAGACACAUAUUUUGGUAGAUUUUAUAGACUACGACACAUUUUAAACUUUCGACUAUUUUGGCUCACAAUCUGUCAACUAUUAUAUCAGAAGCUUACUGCUUUUCAGAAGUGUCAUUAGUUUGGAUGAUUUUUGUCUACUAUUCACUGUUAAGCUAUGUUACCUAGUGUAAUGAUAACAGACUAAUAGUCAAUUUGUAUGCUGUAUUGAGUUUUUAUUAUGUUUUUUAUUCUAGCAGGUUUAAAGCUUAUGGGGAACAAUGGAAUCAGUAAUAACAAGGUCACAUUUCAGGUUAACAAUGGUCACUAUUAUGGGGUGGUUCUUGGAAAUGUCAAAAGUUAUUACUAAGGGGGGAAAGCAUGAA